AUGAUUCCCAUAAAUGUUCAGUCGACGUCAAAUUUAGUUAUACCCGUUGUGCUUUGGGGCAGAAGUGCACCGAAACACCGCAUAAGUUGCAUUCGAUCACUGCCUGAUACAAAGACUAUUGUUACAGGAACUUUUGAUGGCGAAUUAAUAAUUUGGGAAAACAUCAGUUCCGUAUUGAAUGCGAAGUUAUUGCUUAUUGGUCAUGAAAGAUGCGUUACAUGCUUAUCACCAACCUCGCUUGCUUCCUCUUCAACUCGUUUCAUAAGUUCUUCAUCUGAUGGACAAAUAAUUUUAUGGGAUAGUACUGAUGGUCGGUGCAUUGAUAGCGUUUUCACAAAUUAUAUUCAUCGACGCAUCGCACUUUAUUCCAUUCGGUCAGCUGAUUUCCAUACAUGCAGGUUAUACUGUUUGGGAGAUUAUUCGGAAAUUGUUGUACUCGAUCCACAAGAUUUAAAUAUUCUUUUUACUCUCGGAUCACGUGUUGAACCUGACUGGUUAUCCGCAAUUACCUUUGCAAGACCUUCAAAUUCUUCUGAUAUGGUGAUUGGAGUUUCAUUUAGUGGGAUGAUUAAAAUAUGGCAUUUGAUAGAAAUUGAUAAAAAAGAUAACGCGCAACCGUUAUAUGAAUAUGAAUCAAAAAAUAUUGAUGAUAACGAAAUUUUAUCUAUUUCUUGGUCACAAGCAAACCCAUCUGUAUUUUUACUGGUUACGAGUAAUUCGUGGCAGAUGUUUUCUUUAACUGAUCUUAAUCGUCUUUAUGCUUUUGAUUGUGUUGAUCAACUCUGCGAUGGGUCGUUUUUAUACAGUAAUGUGGUUGCUGUUGCAUGUUCUUCGGGUGUGAUCAAAUUAUACUUGCUUCCUGACAGUGUCGUGAAAGAUUUGGAUGAGGAAAAGAAUCCUAUUAAAAAAGCCACUAUUAUUUCUGUUAUUGGUGAAAAUUCACCUUUAAAGAAUGGGUAUUCGAAUUACGUUUCAUUUUAUUUCAAUGUUGGAACGAAUGAUGCAUCAGAUCUAAUAUAUCGUGCUGAUAUUGGUGGUAAUAUAUAUGCUUGGAAAAUUUCCGAUAUUAUUGCAAAUUAUGAGAGAAAAAGUGAGAAUCAUAGUCUGAGACCUUCACAAGCAAAUCUCACUAAUUUAUGGGAUAAAUUUAAUUGUCCCCCGCCAUCUUUAAUGGACAAUGAAGAAGGCCAGAAAAUAACUGCAAUACUUUAUAUCAGUUUACAAGGCCGUUUAGUGCUUGGUCGUGAUGAUGGAUCCAUUUUGAUUAUGUAUGCAUGUGAUGCGUUAUCCAAGCAGUUGCUUGAAAAUGAAUCAGCAGAACAUUCACGGUAUGAUCGGCAAAUAUUCGUUUCCGGGUCAGUCGAUUUUUCCGUUAUUGUGUGGAACAUCAAUACAGGAUCGCGUUUAUUUCGCUUCUGUGUCCAAGGAGGGCCCAUUUUGCGAUUUCUUAUUCCACCUUAUAAUUGUAACGCACGCAUUUUGCGUUCAAUUUGUUCUGUUGCUGGCGAUAAUUCAGUAGCUUUGCUUUCUCUAAAAGAAAAUAAGUGCCUUUUAUUAGCUAGUCGUCAGUUGUUUCCUGUUGUUGAAAUCAAAUGGCGACCACUCGAUGAUUUCAUGCUUUUAAAAUGUGAAGAUGAUUCGGUUUAUAUUUGGCAAAUGGAUACAGCAAAUCUGGAGCGUGUGGUGACUGGUACAAUAUCUGAGGAAAUUCUUUCUGCUUGUGAAGAACAAGUAGGUAUAAUAGAAGGAGAUGAUGAAGCUGGUGCGUCUCAAGCAAUUCAAAUGCUUCGUGCAUUCCGCAAUAAAAAUAUUAAUGCUGUGCGACAGAUUGCCAGUGGUGGUCAGGAAGAAAAAUCGAACAUUCCGAUUACUUCAGAGAAAGGAACUGAUCUGCCUCCUCCUAUGGCAAUUAUGCCUCUAAGAAAAGUUUCAGAUACGGCAUAUAUUAUUCUUUUCAAUAUCGAUUCUAUCAUUGUUGGCCUUCAAUCUAUUGAAAAUGAAGCUUCACCAACUGAAAUGGAAAAUAAAUCUCUAUCAACGAUUUUGAAAAACAAGCCGCAUGAACCUCGACCGGCGCGUAUUGUUUGGCAGACAGAAUCUAAUCUUCAUUUGGAUGUUGCAAAAUUUUGCCUUAGCCUUUUACACGCAUGGACUUUGGAUGCUGAUCUUGAUGCUGUUUGUUUAAAAAGUCUUCGUCUUUCUAAGCCACUAAUGCCUCUUAAUUUCGGUAUUGCUUCUCGUCAAGGAUAUAUAUCGGUCCUUUUACCCACAGAAGCGCAAAAUUGCUGCCCUUAUCCAGAAAUCAAUUUAUUUGAUCAGUUUUCUUCAAAUUUUCAUUGGAGCUUGAAUAGCUCGCUUUCAACCAUUCAUUUAAUGGCGAUAAUAUCUCUAGCAAAUACUUUAUUAUCACUUCGAGAAGCAUCCGUUGUUCCAAAUACAAAAAGAGGUUUGAUUAGGAAAACAUCAUCUUCACGAUCCGCAAGCUCAGACACAACUGGAAAUGAAAAUCAAUUAAAGCAAGGCUGGUCUUUAUUAGCUGCAAUGCACUGUUGUCUUCUUCCUGAUCUUGUUAAGUCGAAAGCAGUCUAUUGCUCACCUCGCAUUGAACUGUUGGCUAGGAGAUGGCAGGAUCGUUGUUUAGAAAUACGCUUGGCUGCACAAGCACUUCUUACUCGUGAACUUAACAGAAUGGGUAUGAAAGGGCGGAAGCGUUUGAUGGAGUCUUGGGCUCCAUUUCUCCCUACACUUCUCGAUCCUACAUUAUCUAUUUUUGGUGCUCGAACAGCAACUGCAUCGAUGAAUAUGGCUCCACCAUGUGCCGUUCAACCUCCACCUAUCCCACCUCGCAGUGGUCGUAUUCCUCUACCAGCUGCCACCAUGAAUGUGGAAGCAAAACUGGAAAUGGAAACAGGCUUGCAACAAAUUCGUCGAAAUCAAGCCACCGCAGUAAUUCUGUUUGGUGUUAUUGGUGCAGAUUUUCCUGAUGAGUUAAAUAGGUUGGAAUUGUCAAGAGCAACAGCACAGUCAUUACUUGAACUUCUAAUUGCUCCACCUUCUGCAUUACUUCCAAUGCAUUCUCCACUUCGUCGUGCAGCUAUUGACCUUAUAGGUCGAGGUUUUUGUAUCUGGCAACCACAUUUUGAUAUCACCAAAGUUUUGCUUGGACUUCUGGAUUUAUCGGCAUGCAGCGAAAAAUACAAUCUAGAAAAAGCUGCAAUUCUGGAACCAGCAGUUGAUGCCUGUCGAACAGCUCGUCAUGCUUUGAGUCUUAUCGCAUCAUUACGUCCUCCUGCUCUUAUAACUGCUUUAAGUAAAGAGAUUGCUAAGGAUGACGCACAAGCUAUAUCGUUCGGUAAUUUGUUCCAGUAA